AUAUUGCACGCAGUAUUAGCACAACCUAGGAACAAGAAACUUGAAACGAUGAAGACUAUCGUAGUAUUUGCAACAUUGGUGGCAGCGGCCAUGGCUAUCCCUGCAGACACCUACAACCCUACAUACGACCACUUCAAUGCUAAGGAAUUGGCGGAAAAUGACCGUCUGCUCAAAAAUUACUUACUGUGCUUCCUCGACCGGGGACCAUGCACGCGUGAGGGAACUGAUUUCAAAAAGGUGAUCCCUGAAGCACUCAGAACAGUAUGUGCCAAAUGUACGCCUAAGCAACGUGAGCUGGUCCGCAUCGUAGUACGUGCUUUCCAGGAGAAGCUGCCAGAAUUAUGGGAAGAGCUUGUUAAGAAGGAGGAUCCUACAGGCCAGUACAAGGAAAGCUUCAACAAUUUCUUACAAGGAACCGAUUAAUUAUUAUUUAUCACCAAAGCUGUAAUGCAAAGGUUUCAAUAAAAACUUUUUGAAUAAAAUAAA